AUGAGCAAUUUAUAUUAUUAUGGCCAAUCUCAGCUGCAGAAUAUGCAUCAUCACCUCCAAGCAACUCAAAAUGAAGUUGGAAAUAAACGACGCCAACUCCUCGCGGCAGAGCAAGAGCUGCAGCGAGAACGGGAGGCAAAUGAGCUCCUCAACCAGCAAUGCGCGGAGCUGCAAGAAUGCCACUACAAGCUUCUGAAGGCACAUGAGAACGCCGAGGAACUUCAGAAAGAUCUCAGUCAAUCUGUGAAUGACUCAAAGAUAUUUGCCGAUGAGGUUGCUAGGCGAGCCGAAAGCCUCGUGAACGACCUUCGAGCCAAGCUGGCUGGGGGCAAUGUGGCGGAGUUGCAGAAUGGCCAAAGCAUUAGUGGAAUGAUCCUAGAGUCAGCCAAAAAUACACUUCUCCUACAGGCAAUUUCUAGUCAACAUUCGGAGGAGGACCCAAUUACGCCAUUGAGCCACGUCACGGACCAAAAUGUGGGUUUGCAGCAACGUAACAACGAGCUUUCCAGACAAGUUGAGACUCUAUCCAGGCAAGUAGAAGACGGGAAGAAUGAGGUUACGAACCUCAACAAGGCUCUCGAACUCACUGCUGAAGAUGGGCGGCGAAAGAAGCCACGGCGGGGAAAGAUGUCGGGGGGGAAGAAGUAA